GACUUGAUCAAUCUCAUUGGGCUUGAUUUGUUGGCGAACAACGACAAAUAUCUUAGAACAGGCAGAUCUAUAUCCACGAAAUGCUUUUACAAGUAAAUCGUAUUCUUCAAACUAAUCCGAGAACCUUUCACAAGCAUUCUUAUUAAACGAACUGAACUAAAUACAUAAUCGUGCAACAUAAUGGAAUGGCUCCAGGGACAAAUAAAUGAUACGCGAAGGUCUAUUUAAAAUCUCCGAGGUUAAUAGGAUUAAAAGAUAUAUUGCCGAUAAAAUACAAAUGUGUUACUGAAUUGAUAAAAAACAUGAACGUCGAAGAAUAAGCAAAAUGAGCUUCAAAAUAUAUUUCCUGUGUAACUUUGUUUAUAGCGACCAUUAAACUAAAAUGCUGAGCAACACAAGCAUAGAACACAAGUAAGACGUGGCGGUGCGGUCGCUGCGAGGCAUGACGUGUGCUGCGGGGCAAAGCACAAAAGCGGUAUUACAGAAUCGUUCACCUGGAUCCAACCGGGUUUGCCUUUAGACUGCAUUACGACAACUUCAACCUGGGGUCAACCUAGGACCAACCCACCUCCAGAGUAGGGUAGGGUUAACCUAGGUUCAAACCGAGCUAACUACGUUUACACUACAAACAGAGGCGCAAAUGCAAAUUUUCAGGGCUAGAUCGGGACCGACUUUAUCGCUAUCAAAUUUCAACUGGGACUGGGUGGUGAAAUUAUUGGGGGAUGAGACACCCCCAAACCCCCUCAUUUGCGCCCCUGACUAUAAUAUUUUUCAGGUGCAAUCCAGGUUAAUAGUUGUAGUAUAAACAGGGCUUUGGGGACGGUCGGUGAAAAACAAAGAACCAAUUGAACCCACUCUUCUUUUUCUCUCGUUGCUUUUGAUCCGCAUCUGAAUAAAACUUCUCUGCUUACCUUUGAGCAUUUUCCGACGUUUCUCUUUUGAAAAGCGCGCCAAAAAGUCGCGAACGAAAGGUGCCUCAGUGAUAAGUCAGUAUGAUUUGUUUUACGCUUUUGCGUGUUAUUUUCAAAUUAAAUUUGUAUUUCAAAUAUAAUGAAUCGUUCCUGACGCUAGGAGUGCUGGAGAGGGGGUGCGGGGGGUCAACCGUCCCUAAUGCCUUUUGAAAGGAAUGGCAAAGGUGUCCAAGCUGCCCUUUUCACAUAAGCAUCCCUGAUUCAAAUUGAAUUCUGACUGUACUGCCUUAUUCAUGACGACAUUUCUCAAAACUUCUAAAGAAAAAUUUCUUAUGCAAAAAGUUAGCCGAUUUUCAAAAUCCAAACAAAAUGAAGAAAGAGUUUUUGGUAGCGGGGAACCAUUUUCAAACACCCUUUUUCUCAAACCCGCCGCCUUGCCCCUUGGCCCAUCCGGUGCCUCUGCCUGACGCCUAUUUCAUACGAGAUCGUGGAAAUUAAAAUUUAUUUAUCGACAAUAUUUGGUCUUGCUCUGCUUUCAGAUUUGGAGAUUUACUGUUAAAGGUAGGCCUUCGAAUUUUUGCAGAUCUUGUUUUUGAAUUUUAUGUUAUUUGGAAAAUUAAAUAAGCGACGAUCAUUCUCUUUCAUCUAGCAUGUUGUUUAAUUCUGAUUAACAAGUAAUACUCUGUUAUAAUGAAUGAUGAAUUUUUGAUAAAAUGCGAAUAUUAAUUAAUUUUUCCCGCACUCACUUUUAAGACGUUUGAUGAACCUUUUCAGUGACUGCGGGGUGGAGGUGUAGAAAAAUCAAGAUAGUUUCCACUGAGCACGUGACAACGUGCAUAGUGAGUUUAAGACUCUACUAUGUUAACCAUUUCAGAGCAAGCGGGCCCCCACGCACCCCUCUUUUCCAUUUGUAGCCUUCUCACUCUAAAAAAUGUCUUCUAGGUGAGUGUAGGCCAGACGCUUGAUUUCUCGAUAAAUAGAAACAUGUAGACUUUGGUGAGAAUGCUUAAUUUGCCUGAAUCUUCCUUCUCCUUGUUUUGAAAUAAAAAAUUUAUUGCUAACCUGCAUUCAUAAAUGUAUUUCUUGUCAUGUCAUAGUGAACUGGUGAUGGAAAGGUCAGUUUUCUGACCUUUAUCGUGACUUAUCUAGAAGUUUAAAUCGAUGAUAACACAAUGAACUUUUCAACUGACUUUAACGACUAAAGAGGGGCAUUUCUGAUCCCAUUCAUUGUGUGUCUUGUCCUUGCUGGCAUACCAACAUUUUUCAUGGAAUUGAGUGUAGGACAAUAUACCCAAUCAGGACCUGUAAAUGCAUGGAAAAAGAUUUGUCCUCUUGCAUCGGGGAUUGGUUACUCAAUGGCCAUCAUUUCCUUUUUCUGCUCUGUCUACUACAAUGUCAUUCUGGCCUGGAGCUGCUACUAUUUUUUCAACUCAUUCAUUCCUGAUAUUCCAUGGGUUGGUUGUGCACAUGCUUGGAAUAGUAAGGACUGCUAUGAUCCAUUAAGAAAAGGAAGCAAUGGCAACAUGACCAUCAUGAAUGGCAGUAGACCAUCACCAAGCCGUGAAUUCUUUAUAAACAAUGUUCUGCAACUAAGCAAUGGGAUUGAUGAAGGAGGAUCAAUGAACUGGAUGCUUGCCCUAUGUCUUUUAUUUGCUUGGGUAAUGGUAUAUUUUUGCAUCUGGAAAGGCAUCCGAACAACAGGCAAGGUGGUAUAUGUCACUGCAACGCUUCCAUACGUGAUGUUGCUGGUUUUUUUCAUAAAUGGGUUGCUGCUUGAAGGAUCGAUGGACGGAAUUAGAUAUUAUAUAACCCCACAAUGGGACAAACUAUUAGAGCCAGGGGUCUGGAUUGAUGCUGCUGCGCAGGUCUAUUUCUCGAUAGCUAUUGGUCUCGGCGUCAUGCUUACGUUUGCCAGUUACAACCCAAUACGCAAUAACGUAUACAGAGAUGCACUACUGAUAGCAACAUCUGAUGCGCUCACAAGCAUUUUCUCAGGAUUUGUAGUAUUUUCCAUCUUGGGAUAUAUGGCCGCAAUUCAAGGAAAGAGCAUUAAAGAUCCCACAAUAGCAACUGAUGGCCCUGGAUUAGUGUUUAUCGUGUAUCCAGCCGCGCUUUCAACUCUUCCGCAGCCUCACAUCUGGGCAGUGAUAUUCUUCCUCAUGUUAAUUACUCUUGGUCUCGAUAGCCAGUUUGGUCAAGUUGAGCUGGUAUGUGCUUGCAUAAUCGAAGCAUACCCUAAGAAACUGCGACAGUACAAAGAACUGAUUGCCUUGGCCGCCUGCGCCUUUAUGUUUCUUCUUGGUCUGUCAUGUGUCUCUCAAGGAGGAAUGUAUGUCUUUCAUUUAUUUGAUUCGUAUGCUGCCGGGACUUCAAUCCUCUUUUUGGGAAUCGUUGAAGUGAUAGCAAUAGCCUGGCUAUACGGUGCUGAUUUAUUCAAGAGCAACAUUGAAGCAAUGAUAGGGCGCACGAUAUCACCAAUCUGGCCGUUUCUAUGGAAAUAUGUCACUCCAGUUUUAUCAUCAGGCAUCUUUGUGGCCAGUUUCAUCCAGUAUAGUCCAUUAACCUACGAAAAGACCUACGUAUACCCUGUCUGGGCUGAUGUCAUCGGAUGGCUCAUGGUUGUUUCAGCAAUGUUGUUUGUGCCUGUGCUUGCAAUUGGUGUUCUUUACCGUGGGAAAGGUGACAUGAGAACGAGAUUCAUGCAGUCCAUACGGCCAAGCAGAAAACAACAACAAAUGGUUAAUGAUUUAUUGCUACCUAAAGAGAAAAAUGACAGUAUCCAUUUAGAAGAUCAAGUAUAACUCAUUUAUCGAAGAAAAUUGUUAUCGAUUUACUAAUGCUUCUAUUAACAAUAAAAUAUAAUCCAAAUAACUCGAUAACUCGAUAACCAGAACCCUCGAUAACUCGAUUCCUCGAUAAUUCAAGCCAAUCAAUGAAUCAAUCAAAAACUUUAUUAAUGUGUCAAAAAAUCUUUAGCUUACAAGCUAAUUGGGGACACAACGAAAAAAGUAUAUAAAGUUAAAUUAGAGCAUAAAAUAUGAAAUUAACUCUAAUCAUCUAGCCAUCAAUAAGUUAAACACAAUCUCUCGAUAUUCCUCAAUGAAUCGUGUCCUCGAUAAUUCAAGCCUUCGGUAACUCAACUCUUUGAUAACUCCAACCAUCGAUAACUUGAAGUCUUGGUAAUUCAAAAAAUUGAUAACUGAAACAGCCGAUAACUCAAGGUCUCGAUGACUCAACCCCUUGAUUCCCCGAACAGUUUUCACUGUACCCUUAGGAGUUAAAGCUAUCAAGAUUACACUGCUUUUUACUUUUCGCUAAAAAUUGCCAUUUGUAUCCAAAAUUUAUGCAGGGACAUUGUCACAGUUGACUGCGAAGCAGUGAUUAAGAAGUGCAAGGUUUUUCCAAAAAAUUUUCAAGAGAAACAAUUAAGGUAUGGUGAAAGAAAUCUUUGAAUUAGAUUGGAGAAUCAGCUUGCAAUACUUUUUGCCAUUGAAAAUCAUUUUUUGCCAUUUAGGAGCAUUUGAUCGGCAAAUUUCAAAACUUGUCGACAAACAAAGGCAAUUGACCCCUUUUGUCGGCAACAAGUGGUGUUAAACAUAUAGCUUGAAGAUCUGUGGCAUCUUCCUACAAAAUAAUUAGAUUUCCUUAAGGCUGCUUUCGUGUGUUAAGCAUAAAGUAGCUUGAUAUUAUGCUCAUUUUUAUCUAUUGGUUGCCUAGUAUCUUAAGGGGAAUAUUUUUUUCAUAGCUUAAAUUAAGACUUAAGACGGAUAAUUUGCGUAAUUUUUCUGAGAUACAUUGUUAGAAUUUCUAUAACGAAUAAGGGAUGUAAUUUUUCACACAUAAACAUUUCAAUAUCAGAUAAGGUUUUACGUGUCUAAUAUAGAGUAAUUUGCAUAAUUUUCUCAUAAUUUUGCUUUAUAUGAGAACAAGCUCUAUCAAUUUAUUAGAAUAAACCCUGUGUGCCACAGCCUUGGAACAGCUGUACUCUGUCGUAAAAUGGAGUUUGGAAUAGAGAAUCAAGACCAGAAUGCCCCUUCUUACUUCGCCUUAGGUUUUUACUUUACUUUUUAUGAGUACCCAAUGUUGUUGGCUAAAGUGACUGUAAGUAGAAAUUAUUAGUUCUUGUUUCAAUUGUGCAUGAACCUAUGCUGACCUUUA